ACCAAUCAGAUAGUGACGACACCAGGAUGGGAAUAUCAUGGGGGGUUCGCGUCGCCUUGCGCGUUCUUCCGGAAAGUACGAACGUCCAUUUUGCCAGCACAGACGAUCCCGCCUAGUCGACGCCGGUGAAUACUAUAUAUUUCCCAUUUGCUAACAAUAAACGUUGCUUGUGAGGAAAUAGUGAAAAUUUCAUUUUUUGGUGGAAACUACAAAGCGUGUCGUGGAACAAGCCGGUUUCGGGAACGAGAGUGGAGGUAGAGUACAGUCUAGAGCAAAAUGGCGGAUCUACAGGGAACACCAGUCACACAAGACGCCCUGUCCGUUGCUCAACUUGAGCUCGCAGGAAAUCCAAAUGCCUUGGCAUUGCGAAGGCCCUUCGAUCCAGUGGCACAUGACCUGGACGCAACUUUCCGGCUAACACGAUUUGCGGAUUUAAAAGGAUGAGGGUGUAAAGUCCCUCAGGAGGUUCUUGGGAAACUCCUCGAGGGACUACAGGCCGAUGAUGGUAGCGCACAGGAUCAUGAACAUGCCCAUUUUAUGCACAUGGCCAUUCCACGCAUUGGCAUUGGUAUGGAUUCUUCUGUGACUCCGUUGAGACACGGUGGUUUGAGUUUGGUUCAAACGACAGACUUUUUCUAUCCACUAGUCGAUGAUCCUUACAUGAUGGGUAAAAUUGCGUGCGCAAAUGUUAUCAGUGAUUUGUACGCAAUGGGAGUUACGGAAUGUGAUAAUAUGCUGAUGUUAUUGGGAGUGAGUACUAAAAUGACUGAAAAAGAAAGAGACGUUGUCGUUCCAUUAAUUAUGCGAGGAUUUAAAGAUUCGGCAUUAGAAGCUGGAACAACUGUAACUGGAGGACAAACUGUUGUUAAUCCAUGGUGUACAAUUGGUGGAGUUGCGUCUACAGUUUGUCAACCAAAUGAAUACAUUGUACCAGAUAAUGCAGUUAUUGGAGAUGUUUUGGUUUUGACAAAACCAUUGGGAACGCAGGUAGCCGUAAAUGCUCAUCAAUGGCUAGAUCAACCGGAUCGUUGGAAUAGAAUUAAAUUGGUUGUCAGUGAAGACGAUGUGAGAAAAGCCUAUCAACGUGCUAUGGAUAGUAUGGCAAGGUUGAAUAGAAUAGCGGCUCGAUUAAUGCACAAAUACAACGCGCAUGGAGCCACCGAUGUAACUGGAUUUGGUCUUUUGGGACACGCGCAAAAUUUGGCAAAACAUCAAAAGAACGAUGUUUCAUUUGUUAUUCAUAAUUUGCCCGUUAUUGCAAAAAUGGCUGCUGUUGCAAAAGCCUGCGGAAAUAUGUUUCAACUUUUGCAAGGACAUUCAGCUGAAACUAGCGGAGGACUCCUAAUUUGCCUUCCAAGAGAACAGGCUGCAGCCUAUUGUAAAGAUAUCGAGAAACAGGAAGGAUAUCAAGCGUGGAUCAUUGGAAUUGUGGAAAAGGGGAACCGAACGGCGAGAAUAAUUGACAAGCCACGAGUUAUAGAGGUACCGGCGAAAGAAAAGGACGGUGAGCUUUGGUAAAUUGAUCGCUAUUUUUUGCGAAGCUCAAUUUUGUAUUGAUAAAAAAAAAAGAAAAAUUAAGUAUCACAGGAGAAAGAGUCAUAUUAACAUAACAGUCUGUUAAAAAAUAUUUUUUUUUUUUCUUUGCAAUUCAAGAAUUCAAUUUAUCUGUAUUUUAUAAACAUGUGUCAGCACCUAAAAUUCUUUUAUUACUUUGUGAAGAGAUGUUUUCAAUUUAUGUCGAAAAAGAAUACAUAUAACUCAAAUGAAAGGGAAAUUAUUAUAAAUUUCGUCUAAACUUUCUAUUGUGACUAAAAAAAAAGAUUUCGAGUUUUUUUUUUUUUUUUUUAGUAUAAAAACUAGUACUGUUAGAUGUAAGUUUUUAAGAGUAGACUAAGGUAGCACACUAAGUUUUAGGGUUAAUGUUAAAAUUGCAUUUUUCAACAAACUUGCAUAUUUACAAGAAAAUAAAUAUAAUGAACUGAGAAAAA